AUGCCGCUAGCCCCAUCCUCGCCCAACUCUCCCACCCGCCGACGACGAAAUCUCUCAGAUCUCGACUUCUCCUCCACAGCUCCGAGUAGCUUUACAAGGAACGGAUACGGCCAGAGCCCUCCGUACUCGCCAGAGACACCGCGCACGUCUAUCCCACACUCACCCGUGACAACCAGGCAUCGAAUCUCGUCCUCAGGAGGAAUGGAAAGACCGGCCAGGUAUUCGGGCGAUUUUACUCCAGAUGUAAAUGCCGAUAGUGGCGACGGAGGAGGAUUGGGGAGUCUGGCAGAUGAGCUGGCGAACGCAUGGGAUGAUGGGUACGAGUAUGGAUACGGAGGAGAAGAUACAUCUGGACUACAGGAUGGAGAGGGUAUGGUGUCUAUAGACGGCGUCGAUUCUCCGACAUCAGACAAUGCCAGCUAUAUCGAAUCAAUACACGAUAUGGGGAUAGGUAUGGGGGGCGGACUGUCGCACGGGGAUUCGGGCUCUGGGGAGGAUCAGUUAAAACCACCCAGGCAGAGGCUAAAAGGCCACUCUCGGCAUCGGCGUCAUGAAUCCCUGUAUGAUGGCUCCGAUUAUGGGAAUGAUUCUGAUUUUGAUGAGCCCGGGGAUAUGUCACCGGGGUUAGAAGCUCAAAUGGCUGGAAUCGACGAUCUGGUACGAUGGAGCAAGGCAGACGAGACUAGCAACGAGCUCAUCGAUCAGUUUAUUGGCCUUCUACGGGAACUUGGCGGACAAGCUGGGAUUGAAAAUAGCACUACGAGGCUCAUCACCGCACAUAGCUCCCUUGUCUCCCACCUAACCCACCAAACUCGCUCCCUCCAGACCCUCACCCACCCGCUCCUUAUCUCCUCAUUUCCAACCCUCUCCCCAGAUGCCAUCGACGACCUGCUUCCCCUAAUCGACUCUAUCCUCCCCAACCUCCCUUUCCCCGAUCAACACCAAUCAACCCACCACCGCACCGAUUCCACCUCCACGUCUGAUCCGGACCACUCAUCCGCCCACUCCCGUUCGCACUCUCACACCACACCGCUCCUCUCCCUCCAAUCCCUCCUCUCCCAAACCUCAGAUUUAACUCACACUCUCCGCACCCUAAACGACACCCUCCACGAAUCCCGCCAACUCACCUCCACCGCAUCCCGACGCCUCAAGACCGUCCGCGAACUCGUCAUCGAGAUGAGACGCGAAGGUGAAGCGCGCGAGGAAGGCAUUCGGUGGAUUGAAAAAGGUGGAUGGGAUGCGAAAUUAGCCGCGAGAGAGGCCGGAACGGUUUGCCAGAGCGUGGUCAGCGGGUUUGAAGCAGUCUGUGGAGAGUGGAGGAAUAGGCUGUUUGGGACGGCGGCGGCGGGCGCAGGGGCUACGGCGACGCCGGCAGAGGUUACGGUCUCUUGA